CUUCAGAGGACAGCUCCGUGGUGCUGAAGGAGCGCGCUCUCACACACACUCAGCUGCGACUCGUAAUCAGGACCAUGGACAGCUCCUCGCGGAAACUUUUCCUCCUCUCCUGCCUGCUGGCCGCCGCGCGCAGCUCGGCGCACGACUUCGGACAGACGCAGUUUAUCUGCACGUCGGUCCCCAAAGACGUGGACCUGUGCACUGCUUCGAUGCAGAACAGCGGGCCGGCGGAGGACCUGAAGACCACCAUCAUGCAGCUGCGGGAAACCGUGUUGCAACAGAAGGAGACCAUCGUGAACCAGAAGGAGACCAUCAAGGAGCUGUCGUCCAAGCUGAGCCGCUGCGAGAGCCAGAGUCUCCCGGUGGGGGUGGGGGGUCCCGGCGGGAGGCGGCCGGGGGCUAAGAACACCAUGGGGGAUGUUUCCCGGGGCACCGCGGACACGCUGGCCCAGCUGGGGCAGACUUUACAGACCCUCAAACAGAGACUGGAGAACCUGGAGGCAAAGACAGCAGGCCCACAGAUGAGUUCCAGCUGACCUUCCCUCUCAGAACCAACUACAUGUACGCCAAAGCCAAGAGGAGCUUUCCUGAAAUGUACUCCUUCAGCGUGUGUCUGUGGAUCAAGUCCAACGCCUCACCUGGGGUGGGGACGCCAUUCUCCUACGCUGUCCCGGGUCAAUCCAACGAGCUGGUACUGAUCGAGUGGGGUAACAACCCCAUGGAGUUCCUCAUCAACGAUAAGGUUGCAAAGCUGCCGUUUCUCAUCAAUGACGGGAAGUGGCACCACCUCUGCAUCACCUGGACCACCCGGGACGGGAUGUGGGAGGCCUUCCAGGACGGRGUGAUGAGGGGCAGCGGGGAGAACCUGGCACCGUACCACCCCAUCAAACCGGACGGGGUUCUGGUCCUGGGACAGGAGCAGGACACGUUAGGCGGCGGUUUCGACGCCACGCAGGCCUACGUYGGCGAGCUCGCCAACCUAAACAUCUGGAACAGGAAACUUUCGGUCAGCGAGAUCUACAACCUGGCAACCUGCAACAGCAAAGCACUAGUCGGGAACGUUUUCUCCUGGACAGAGAGCAACAUUGAAAUAUUUGGCGGAGCCACCAAAUGGACCUUCGAGCCGUGCCGCUCACUCAACUGAGCUGCAGCUCAGCUUUCAGGGGGAAAGAAAGAAAAAAAAGAAGAGGCCUCUCUGUAUUUCUGAGCUUUUAUUGUUCCUGUCUUCAUUCGUUUGAGACUUUCUGAGUUCUCAUAAGCUUAAGUCUGCAGUUUAUGUCCUUCUUAGGUCUUCUUUGAGGGGAAAUGAUUUUAUUUCUGUUUGGAGAAAAUCUUGGUAUCUGCGGUCCUUCCCUCCCACUCUUGGAUGUUCAGUUGAAAGCACACCUGAGCUUUUUGUUUGGCUUUUGUCCCCGUCUUGGACUGGCAGCUGGCGAGCUGCGCCUUACGUUUCACCGACUCACAAUCCAAGAGAGGAAUUACACAACCCUCCCCUCCCCCUCUGGGGGGGUGGGGGAUUACCGUCCAGUUCUUGUCAGUGUUUGGCGCUGUGAAGUGAUGUCUGAUGCAGUACAGCUCCUGACCACCCUCCUGCCUCUCCCCCUCCACCCUCCGGAUCUUGCACUGUGACUGAGAGAGAGAACACUGCAAAGGACAGAGGACGCUGCAGAGUCAGCCUGUGCUACAAGUCAGUCUCUAAUCAUCGUUUGCUUCAGUGUUUUCGUGAGAACCGUGAACUUGCUAACAUUGCUACGAAGCCUGGGUGCCUUGGGCUGGUGCAAAACUUCAGCACAUCUGGUCUGUUUUCAGUUGCAAACUUAAUGUUUACUGGUUUGUGUUUCUUUCUUCUCCUGAGCUGGGUUUCUCCUUCUUAUCAUUGGUAAAUGUGAUUUAAUUGGGGUUUGUUAAGCUGACACGACGAUGUGUUUGUACUCCUCUGUAUUAGGAAUGUUCCAGUAUCUGUAACAGUAACAGCAUGACUGACGGAGUGCUGUGAAAAGCUUUGUCCAAAUCCGCUUUACUAUCUUCUCUGGGUCCGGGUUUUUUACCGUAUUGUUAUAAAGCUCCGAGCAUGGCAGAACUGACAGAUGAAGAAUUUAAUUUUUGUAAUAAAAGAUUGUGAUACUAAAUGUCA